GGAGCCGGGUGCUGCACGGUAACAUUACAUGCAGCACUCGGCUCCUGUAACAGUGCAGCCACAGCAGUGUCCGCGGGCAGGCUACAUCUCCCGCAACCCCGGAGUGCUGAAAAUGGGGAUCGGGCCACAAGGCCACCAUUCUGUUGUCACGAGGCCACGCACCUUUUUCCAGUUCCUUCUGCGCAUGCAGGGGACUUGCAGCGCACCAGGAGCAGCUCUGGAGCUGACGGUUCCGCAGACCCACAAAGCCACAAUGGGGUCAGACGUGCAGAUCCCCUGCUCGUUCAAAGUGAAUAGACCUCCUGUCAUCCGUAAAGAUCUUCAAAUAGUCUGGAAGUUUCAAGGGAAGGAAAUCUUGAGUGUUCAAGGUACAACGGUGACAAGAGCAGAUACCAGACUGUCCUACAUAGACAGAACAAUGGAAGGAGGCGCUAAUCUGGCAAUUACAAACGUAACUCUAUCGGACGGCGGGAUGUACACCUGUUCGGUAAGGUAUGGCGCAGACCGGAACGAGAGGGAAAUCAGACUAGAUAUUCAAGCUCCUCCACGGAUCAGAAUCACAGAUAAAGCAGUUCUUACUGAUAAGCAGAGUGUCCUGCACAGCACCAUCACUGGGUUCUACCCUGAGGACAUCGAUAUAAAGUGGUUGAGGGAUGGGGAGAUACUGAAUGCGGUCACUGUGGGCAAACUUCUGAGACACCCGGAUGGGACGUUCAGCGUGAAUAGCUCAGUAAUGAUAACACCCACUAAGGAGGACAGAGAGCGGAUCUUCUCCUGCAGAAUCCAACAUCAGUCCCUGAACGGACCUCUCCAGGAAGCCUUCAAGCUGGUGUACGGAGCCGUCCCGUCCAUUUACAUCACUUCCAAGGUAUUCGAGAUGCACGUGGAGCAGACAUUAGUCUGUCAUGUGUCCGGUUUUUACCCAGAAUCCAUUGCUGUGAACUGGCUGCUGAACGGGACCCUCGUGGAGAAUACCAAGACCCAGAAUAUUGGCAGCUCGUCCGUGGAGUCGGUCUACCAAUUCCUGCCCACAGAUGAGAAUUGGGGCAAGGAGCUCACCUGUAUGGUGGAGCACGGCACACUGAUCCUUCCUCUGACUGAGAGACUGUUAGUAGAGGGGCGAGACCUGAGGGUGAAACACAAACCUUAUGUGAUUGUUACCGCUGUUGUGCUGGCUGGUGUGUUGGUAUCUGUAAUCAUUGCCACACUUCUCAUUAGAUACAGGAAGAAACGACUUCCGAAGGUGAGGAAUAUCAUGUGCUCCACAGACGGCGCUUUCAGUGUCAACGUGGAUCACUUUUACCCUGAAGAUAUCUCGAUAGAUUGGACAGUGAUCCAACCGCCGCUGGGUUCAAAGGACCUGGAAUCCAAUCCUAUUAUCAUGCAGAAAAACCAGGACGGGACCUUUAACGCCACCAGCACCUGUGAAAGCGUGAGGGACAAGGUCAAUGUAGAUGAGCCCUACACGGUGCGAGCUGAGGUGACCCAUGAAAAACUGAAACAUCCGAUACAGAAAGAAUGGAAAAGUCAGGAAAGUAAUAUAAAACACUUUCUUUCCCGGCCGGUAAUGGGGGAUAUACAGACGCCGGACCUGUUGCUGGAAAAGCAGGCCAAGCUGCAGUGCACGAUCUCGCGUUAUUACCCGGACAGCCUGACUGUCAUGUGGUAUAAGAAAGAGAGAGGAAGUAUGGCAUUAAUUCCUAUACAUGACAGUGAUACCAGCAGGUCUCCAGCUCGCAGAUCCCAGCCGCAGAGCGAUAAAACAUUUACCUACACAGCGUGUCUGCUGCUCACCCCAUCACUGCAGGACCAGGGAGCAGAGUAUAUCUGCAGAGCGAAGCAUCCCAGCCUGGAGCAGCCGCUGGAGAGAAGUACAGGAGCACUGCAAGUACAGGUAAAACCCAAACUCCAGCAGCCAGUCCAGCUGUCCAUCAGUGACUCAGGGAAGCUGGUGGGAUCUUUAAGUCUCCUGAACUUUUAUCCUAAAGACAUAAGAGUGACCUGGAGCAGUGGUCCCGCAAAGAAUAUGCAAUCAGAGGAAGCGGUCAGUGAGAACUCAGAUGGGACAUUUACCAUUACCACUAAGUGCAACAUUCCUGUAACGGCAACCCCAGCGACAGUGACCUGGCAACACGGCACCAUGGAAGCACCAGAUCACAGGGAGGUCUCUGUACGGGAUCCAGAUUUUCCAUGGCGUCCGAGGAUUGAGGAUAUGACGCCUCUUAUCCUGCAGAAGGACACACCCACCACUGUGUCAUGUACAGUCUCUGCCUAUUUCCCUAACGACCUCAGAGUAACCUGGUUAGAGAAGAGGAAAGGACGAGGUGAAACUGAUUGUGCAUCGAACAAUUGGGUGUACACAAUCCCUCCUAUAAAUCCAGUGAAACAGGCAGAUAAUUCAUGUACCUGCUCCCCUGUCUUAUCCUUGAGACCAACAUCAUACAGUGAUGACCUGGAGUAUAUCUGCCGAGUGGAACAUCCCAGCCUGGAAAAGCCGAUAGAACAGAGUACUGGACCCGCCAGGGUGAAUGUGCCGCCGCAGGUGGGAGAUGGAGUGAAAUUAACCCUCUGUGCACCCGAUCGUGUGCUGUGUUCCUUGAGUUUAGUGAAAUUCUACCCCCAAAAUAUUGACAUUACAUGGACCCGUGGAAGCCGGACGUUACCUUCCACCAAAAAAGUAAUUCAGACUAAUGACGAAAAAAUGUUUGAUGCGAUCAGCGAGUGCACGGUUCCCUGGGAUUAUUUGAGUUCUCAAGUGCGGGUAACCUGGAGUCACGAGUCCCUGACGGGUCAGCAAGAGAGAGAUGUCGACAAAAAAGAUUUCCCCUGGCGGCCGGUGAUAGAAGAAGCAGAGACACCGCCAUUACUUGUGAAUACAGAGGUCAGACUGCAGUAUAGAAUCUCUGGGUAUUUCCCGGAUGACCUGACUGUGACCUGGUAUAAGAAGGAGAGUAGAGGCCUGGUUUCUGUAAAUAAUAUACAUAAUAUCUCAGUUAGCAAUACAGGGAGGCAGCAGCAGCCAGAUAACACCUACAGCUGUACAGCCUGCCUGCUCUUCACUCCGCUACAGAUAGAGGAUGAAGGAUCAGAAUUCAUCUGCAGAGUGGAACAUUCCAGCCUGGAGCAGCCACUGGAGAGAAGCACAGGAGUGUUACAUGUGCAGAUGGCCCCGGAGGUGAUAGAACCUGUGAGAUUCUCUCUCUGUGACUCCGGGCAGGUGCUGUGCUCUCUGACACUGAGGAGGUUCUACCCUAACACUAUUAAUAUCACAUGGGCCAGUGGAGACCAACGUCAGUACAUAAGAUCACAGAACUCAGUAACUGAAUCUGGAAGUGGGAAAACGUUUGAUGCUAGAAGUGAGUGCACACUUCCCCGGGGUUUCCAGCCUCCUGUGUGUGUGACGUGGGAGCACAAAUCUCUGCCACAGCCUCUACACACGGUGCUGACUGCAACAGACCUCCCCUGGCGCCCACACGUCGGUGAUAUCGAUGCAUCUAACCUAAUCCAGGACAGUGUAUCUGAACUGCGGUGUACAAUCUCUGGAUAUUUCCCGGAUGAUCUGACUGUGAGCUGGUGUAAGAAGGAGAAAGGUGGCUGGACGUUUAAUCCUUUAUCUGCUAGUGAUCAGUAUAAGAUGCCAGCAAUCCAGUCCCAGAGACAGCCCGAUAACACCUACUCCUGUACAGCCAUACUCACUCCAUCACCAGGAGACCGAGGGUCAGAAUUCCUCUGCAGAGUGGAACAUCCCAGCCUGGAGACACCGAUAGAGAGAAGCUCAGGAGCGUUACAGGUGAAAGAACCGCCCACUCCCACAGACGUAUCCUGCUGUCUACACGUUGGUGAUAUCGAUGCAUCCAACCUAAUCCAGGACAGAGAGUCCACACUACGGUGUCCAAUCUCCGGAUAUUUCCCGGAUGCUCUGACUGUGAGCUGGUGUAAGAAGGAUGGACCAUGGUCUUAUAAGGCUUUAUCUCCUGGUGAUCAGUAUAAGAUGUCAGUCACCCCGUCCCAGAGACAGCCUGAUGGCACCUACUCCUGUACAGCCAGCCUGGUGUUCACUCCAUCAGCAAAAGACAGAUGGUUAGAAUUCCUCUGCAAAGUGAAACAUCCCAGCCUGGAUCGGCCAAUACAGAGAAAAACAGGAGCGUUACAGGUGAAGGUACAGCCCACUCCCACAGUUCUUGAGAUAUUGGACAUAAUCGUCGGGUCCCUUACUAUCAGAGGAGGUGACAGGACUGGUGGUUAUAUCAUAGUACAUCAGGGCCUUAUCAAUGCCUUUGGAGGUGGGAGGUCAGGGCUGUCUGCCCCGGUUCGUACCUCACUGGAAUCACUUGCUUCCCUCUCUAGGUCUGGUCUAGGAACCUUUUUUACUCGGGAUGCAUGGAUCCAGCAGAAUCGUCCCAGCAAUGGUUAGAGGACAGUCCAUCAGAAGGAGAUGGGUCUGAUGUCUGAAUCUGUACCGCCCGGUGUGGUGACACCUCAUUCUGCGGACGCCGGACAGCCUGCACCUAAUCCUGUGAAGUCUCUCACCAGCAAUACCUCACACAAGGGAACCAAGAAUAAAGGACAUGGACAGCGAUAUUCAACAUAAUAAAGGAGACAUUUACUGACACAAUAUGCAAUGCGUCCUAGUGACCAGUCUCCUCUGUCAGAGUCAUUAGUCACUGUGCGCUGUGCAGGGAGAGGUCAUUGCUGAUGUGUUAUUGGUCAGGUUCAGAGUAUAUAAGACAUUAUAACAUAUAAUGGUUCCUUUCCCCUCCUGAGCACCACGUCAUAGAUGAUUCAUCUGCCUGGCCGAUGCACCAAGUACAGUACAGCAUGUGCUUUUAUUACUCAUAUUCAGCUGUUAUUGUGUUCUCUGCGUUAUAUGGUAAUGUUGGAGUGAUAAUUAUACUGUUUUGUAUUCAAGUUAAUAGGAACAUAAUUAAAAAAGUUUGAAAUAUUGAAAAACGGAUUCAGCCAAAUCCGACAGCAGACAAAAAUCCUAUUAAAGGCUCUCUGCACAAACCGCCCACCCACCGCGAGAGGAGAAAAUGAGGGCGAGGCAUUCAGUGCCUCAUACAGUGUUAUAUGGUCGGGUGUCUGACAGUGUGGGGGAGGGGCUGCGUAUGCUUUAGGGGUUGGUUAGGAUUAAGAAACAAAGACAUUAGAAGUAACUACAUUAAACUGAAUUGUUACCCAACAUCUGUUCCCCUUCCCCAUCUACUGUAGCUGAAUCAUUUUAUAUCAGGGACUGCGCACCCCUAUAAACGCUACAGUGUUCCAUGACUCGGUACUGACGACUGGGAGCAGGUGAGUGUGCUAGACACUGGCAUAGAUGUGGUAUGGUGUACCGAGGACAGUUCUGACAGGGCUGCUUGGUAAAAAUAUGUUUUAUUUGAAAUAAUUUGUGGUAAAGCUGGGUACACACUGAGCGAUAUGUCAUCUGAUUCAGUGGAUAGGACUGACCUAUCACUCACAUCAGCGCAUAUCAGGCAGUGUGUAUGGGGAAUAUGGGCUGACGGCCAGAACACUCAACUGUGUAACCAGUUUAACCCUUUGAAGUUCUGGAAAAUUGGUGUUAGUCCAGUUUGCUGUCGGUUCAUACAGUAAGUGACAAGAACAGGGUUUGGGUUCUUCUCUGUUGUUUUACAGUAUUACAGUAACACUAAUAGCUGUGUGUGUUUAAACAAAAAUAAAACAGUACAUUUGCUGCAA